AUGGCCUUCAGUCGUUCAUCGCAUGCAGCAUAUUACAACGUGGUCAGUUCUGGUGCUAGAGCAGAUGGGAAAACUGACUCGGCGCAAGCAUUUCUUAAGGCAUGGCGGUUAGCAUGCAACUCGAUUAGACCGGCCACGAUUUACGUUCCUUUGGGUACUUUCUUGCUAAAACCAGUAGUUUUUACUGGCCCAUGUAAGAGUAGAAUCGUGGUUAAGCUUGCUGGAACCCUUGUUGCCCCGUCGGAUUAUUGGAGCUGGAAUUCCCAAUAUUGGAUUUUGUUCAUUAAGGUCACUAGGGUUUCGGUCUUUGGUGGCAUUCUUGAUGCAAAGGGAGCUGGCUAUUGGGCUUGCCGGAGAGCUGGAAGAAGUUGCCCAGUUGGAUCCAGGUCAAUAUCGUUCCUGUGGUCUAGCAACGUCGUGGUGAGCGGCUUGACAUCAAUCAACAGCCAGAGAAUCCAUGUUUCUCUUUAUCAUUGUAACUAUGUUGUUCUUCGAAACUUGAAUAUUAGAGCCCCCAGCUCGAGCCCCAACACCGACGGCAUACACGUGCAAUCCUCAACUGGGGUCACGAUUAGUUCGAGCACAAUAAUGACCGGAGAUGAUUGCAUCUCCAUCGGCCAGGGCUCUAAAAACUUGUGGAUUGAGCGUGUUGCCUGCGGCCCUGGACAUGGAAUAAGCAUUGGUAGUUUGGGUGCAUAUGCAAACGAAGAUGGUGUAGAGAAUGUGACAGUAACGAGCUCGGUUUUCUCAAGAACUCAAAAUGGAGUACGUAUAAAAUCAUGGGCCAGGCCUAGCAAUGGAUAUGUGAAAAACAUCGCUUUUCGUAACAUUAUCAUGAAGAAUGUCGAUAAUCCUAUAAUCAUUGAUCAGAAAUACUGCCCUAGCGCCAAAGGUUGCCCAAAGCAGAGUUCUGGCGUGAAGAUAAAUCAAGUGACAUACAAAAACAUUAAAGGAACAUCGGCCUCGCAAAUAGCCAUUAAUUUUAUAUGCAGUUCAAGCAAUCCAUGCAAGGGGAUCAGAUUGCAAGACAUAAAGCUUUCUUAUAAUAAAAAUAGCACAGCAACAGCAUCUUCUUGCACCAAUGCCGGCGGGAUCAGUAAUGGAGUAGUCAUACCAAGAAGUUGUUUAUGA